UACAAGUAAGGUGACUUUGCAAACAAACCCGAUUACUGAAAAAAAAAGUAAUUAAAAAGCUCUAAUAAUAGUCGGCGGUAUGGUGAAUAGGUGUUGAGUUGGAGUUGGAGUUGGAGUUGAAGUUGGAGUUGAAGUUUGGGAAUAUGGAUGACGAGAAAGUAGAAAUAUAUCACGAGAGGCAAAGAUUACAGUUUUGCCUCUUACAUUCUCUCAAUAAUCUCUUCCAGGAAAAAGAUGCAUUUACAAGAUCUGAUUUAAAUAAAGUUGCUGAGAAACUUGAUGUGGAUGACCCUAACAGGAGAAGCUGGAAUCCUGUAUCACUUGUAUUUAGACCUCAUCAUAACGAAAUCACCGGUAACUAUGAUAUCAAUGUAUUGAUUGCAGCGCUCCAGCAGAAAGCUAAAACUGUUGUUUGGCAUGAUAAGCGAAAUGUGGCUUCUUCAAUUGACCUUGAUGAUCCGCUCAUGGGAAUUGUUCUUAAUGUUCCUGUUACAAAGUUUAGUGGCCUUUGGAAAAGCAGGCAUUGGGUUACGUUAAGAUGUAUUCAGGGGGUUUGGUAUAAUCUAGACAGUGAUUUUGCUGCUCCUUAUGCUUUUAAAGAUACCCAACAACUUAGGGAGUUCUUGGAUCGUAUCAUUACUGCUGGUGCGGAGGUUUUACUCGUCAUGAAUGAUAAACGAUGAGUUCUCCAGCAGUUUGAUUUGCUUUUUUGACUUGAGCUGUUUGAAGCACAAUGGAUGGUACAUGUUGCACUAUGAAGACUUUAGCCCAAGUUUGCUAUUAAUACAUACCCUGGGCACAUGAUGUGAAUUUGAUUGAUUGUUUUGAAAGUUAUCUUAAACCCUAUCUAGGUGACUAUAAUUGAAAAUCAUUCAAAGUUUUGACAUGAGUUAUCUUAAAGGUAUACUUUAUUGCUUCUUGUUGGAUCUUCCUUCAAAGUAUGAAAUGAACUUACGCUAUGUCAGCUGCUUCUUACACAUUAUCUUUGGAAAUAGUUAUUACUUUUUCGGCCAGUAGAAAAUUGGUUGCUCUUUUAACACUCUGGAAAAGAAGAAAGAAGAAAGGAAAAAGGUGAAGUAUAUACAUCUAAAAUAUGGUUGUCUGUAGCAAGACAUUGGGCUCUAUUAUAUUUAGUGCAUAUCCAAUCAAAGGAAUAGAAUUAGUCGAAGAAAGAAAAACUUAAUUGCAUACUUGUAAUGGAGCUUUUAUCAAUAGCUAGAACCUUGGCCUUAAGUUUAUUUGUUUUUGGACCAAUAAGGUAGCAGCACCCGCUUGCAUUUUCUUCAACUACUUGUCUGCAAUUCCUCUCUGCAGUUCAAGAAAACAGGGAUGUCGAGCUCUCAAUUUAGCUUAUAAUUCUCCAAGAACUAAAUUUUUGUUGUUAGCAUAGAAUAUUGAACUUUUCCUUCUUAUUUCUAUUCAAAAUAUAGUUGGAAAUGCUACUUCUUUUGCCUUUUGUCUUCCCUUGUGGCUCCUUUUAGCUAUGAGUUGAUACUUGGAGGUGUGACAUUGUCAAGAAGAGGCUGCAUGUAGAAUGAUUUGUGUUUCAUCAUGUGGCCGAAUCUAAUUCUCCUCUCCGAAAUUAACUCUUGCAGUUAUGCUCUUCGUAUCCAGGUGUGCCACUAUAAUCUUUUGUCACAAAGGGAACUGUCUUUUCAAUGUUUGAUGGCAUCCAAACUGCCUUUGCUAGUGUCAUUGUUUAUUUAUGAACAUGCUAAAAAGAGGAAUAUUAAAUUGUUUUUGAGAAAAUCAUUGCUAGCAUUCUGAAUCUGAAGUGAAUAGAAGACCACUAUGUUGGAAGGAUGCAUACGUAUCUAUCUGGAGCACGGAAUCGAGUUACUGCUGGACAUCCGACUGCCAAAUUGUUCAACAUGCUGUUGGAAAUAAUACAAAGAUUUGGCAUAGCUGAGGAGUGAGGAGAAAAGUAUCCCAUUUUAUCUUGCUUCAACUUUAGUGUAACUGGAUAUUUACAUAAUUUCAUAACUUCUAGAUCUGUCUGACUUCUGAUGCUAUUUUUCUGAAUAUUUCAUGGUUUCUGAGUUUGGGAAUUCUGUGGCAUGGA